AUGUCAUUACUUGUCAAUUUUGCUAAUCAUCAAUUGGGAUGUACUAUCUAUUGUGAUCAUCCAUCAUUUUCCGAUGAUUAUGCAUUGACCAAUAUCAUAUCAGAUAAUCCAAUACUCAAAUCAAGAGGUUUCCUUGCUACUCAAUUCACCAAACCACCUUUGGAUAUUUUAAUAUCCUUACCGUAUGCAAUAGAGGUAGAGAGAAUCGGUAUUCUUGCAAAGACAGGAACAUGUAUAUCACAAUCCAUAUCAAUCUAUGUAUCGGAUCAAUCGAUGGAGGAUUUGGUAAAAAAUACCAAUCAGUUGAUGACUGCACAAUCCAGAUCUAGAACCGUUGCAAUGUUGGAUGUGGCAACACCCCAUAAUUUAAUGGCUCCUCGUGGCAAGAAUAAUGAUCUCUCCAAAGAACGGUAUCCAGGUGAUCUAAUGAUGAGUGGUGGAACACUUUAUAAUACAAAUAGUAAUACAAAUCAAUCAUCAAAUACCAAUGCACUAUAUUCUCAAUUGUUAUAUAGAAAUUUUACUUUAAUGUCAACUAUGGAGAAUUUACAUCAAUUGGAUCAUUUAUAUUCAUAUAAAUGUAAUACACAUUUUGAUUAUAGACAACAAAUUGAAAACACUAGUUUCUAUCCACUACCACCACAACUCAAUGAACAGAUCAAACAAAUCAAUCAACUUCAAAGUUUUCAUUCAAAUAUCAAUCUAUUGAAAAAUGUUAAGACCAUUAGAAUCAGAAUUCUCAAUGUAUUCCAAUCGAGUUGCCCUGCAUUGGGAGGUGUCGAGAUUUGGGGACUACCAUCGAGACAUUUAACACCCGACAUUGUAAAUCAAAUCUAUCACAAAAACACAAUCACUGUACAACAACAAAUGCAGAUACGACAACAACAACAACAACAACCUCAACAAUUUUCUUUUAACAACCUACUCAAUAGUAGUAUAUGUAUAUCAUCACCAUUACCAAAUCAUUUUUCUUCAGAUCAACAACAACAAUAUCAACAACAACAACAACAACAACAACAACAAGUUCAACAACAAUCAUUAUCAUCAACAACUUUUUCAAUUCCUAUUCCUACUAAUAAUAAUAAUAAUAAUCAUGUAAAUCCACAACCACAACAACCAGGCAACACAUUUUCAAUAGGCACUAACCAUUCAAAUUCUCAUUCUCAUUCUCAUCAUCACCAUCACCAUCAUCAUCACCAUAAUAAUCAUAAUAAUCAUAAUGGUCAUAAUAAUCAUAAUAAUCAUAAUAAUGGUCAUAAUGGACAUACAACACCAAAUAAUACACCAAGACGUACGAUUUCAUCGAGCAUGGAGAUGGAAAGCGACAAUGGAUCAAGUAAUGGAGAUUUUGAACAAUUUUUAGCUUCACAUCCAGAGAUUAUACUGGAUGAGGCAGGAGUUCCAACCAUAUUUAUCGACCCAAUCACAACAAAGAUGAUGGAAGAUCCUGUCGUUCUCCCAUCGGGCAAAAUUGUUGACCGAACAACAAUGGAGAAACUAUUCCAAAACCAGUAUCAUACCGAUCCAUUUUCAGGCGUACGAAUCACUACAGCCGAUAUCAAACCAGACAAUGUUUUGAAACUUCAAAUCCAAUCAUUUAUCAACGAAAAGAAGAAACGAAAGAGAAUUCUCAAGAAUGCAUUGCCAACACUAGUCGCUUCAUCUUCAUCGAUCGAUCCCUUUACCACUACCGCCUCUUCAGUUGCAUCUUCAACCUGUUCAUCUCUCAACUCUAGUCUUAGUGGUACCAAUGGAUUUUUAGUCAAUAGUAGUGGUGGAUUCCAACUACAACAAGGUGGAACAAGUGGCUUUGAAAUGAGUAUGAAUGAUAACUUUUUAACCGAUCAUCACCACCAAUCUAAUGAAUCGAAUAAUGGUGGUUUGAUCAUCAAUGGAGAAGGUCAUCGUAAAAACAGUAAUUGUAUCUAUCCACUUAGUAGAUUACUUUCUCAAACAAGUUUAAGCGAACUUCCAGUAAAGAAAAUAAAAAAGUAA